UAGUACUUGACUGAAAUGCUUCACUUUCAGUUUAUAGGAAAGAAGGCUGCUUAUGCCUUGAGUGAGGGUCUUGGAGUUAUAGCUUGCAUUGGAGAACUAUUAAAUGAGAGAGAAGAAGGGAAAACUUUCGAUGUUUGUUUUCAACAAAUGAAGGCUUUUGCAGAUGCUGUGCCCAGUUGGGAUAAUGUAGUAAUUGCUUAUGAACCUGUAUGGGCAAUUGGAACUGGUAAAGUGGCCUCACCUCAACAAGCUCAGGAAGUACAUGUAGCUGUUCGUGAUUGGCUAAGAAAGAAUGUUUCAGCAGAAGUUGCUUCUAAGACACGUAUUAUCUAUGGAGGAUCUGUAAAUGGUGGCAACUGUGCUGAGCUUGCAAAACAAGAAGAUAUUGAUGGAUUUCUCGUUGGCGGUGCUUCCUUGAAGGGUCCCGAGUUUGCGACCAUUGUCAAUUCUGUAACUUCCAAGAAGGUUGCUGCAUGAUCAUGCAUGGUGGUUUUGGCACCUGGGCAAAUAAAUGGUUAUGGAAUCGCCUUUAUGUUGGAAGCGUCAAGUGCCAAGCAUUUGAAUUAGUUCAGUUUGGUAGGAUUUUGAUCAUUUUACAUUUUCCCGGCCACAAUCAUUUCACUUUGAUUUGGUUGCUCCAUCUGUUUGAGCAAGACAUAUUAAGGUAUAAAAUAAUUGUCAACAUAAUGGCAUAUAUGUUUAA